AUGCCUCAAAAUGAAUAUAUUGAACAACAUAUAAAACAACAUGGUAGAAGAUUAGAUUAUGAGGAAAGAAGGAGAAAAAAGCAAGCAAGAGAAGGUCAUAGAAUAGCUAAAGAUGCUCAAAACUUGAAAGGUUGGAGAGCUAAACAAUUUGCAAAGAAAAGGUAUAGUGAAAAAGUUGAAAUGAAGAAGAAGAUUAAAGCUCAUCAAGAAUCAAAGGUUAAAACUCCAACUGUAGAAAAUCAUGAUGAAGCAUUACCUACAUAUUUAUUAGAUAGACAAAAUAAUAAUACAGCCAAGGCAAUACUGUCUUCUAUAAAACAGAAAAGAUUGGAAAAAUCACAAAAAUUUCAAGUUCCAUUACCAAAAGUUAAAGGUAUAAGUGAAGAAGAAAUGUUUAAAGUUAUAAAAACAGGUAAAUCUAAAACUAAAUCAUGGAAAAGAAUGAUAACAAAGCAUACAUUUGUUGGUGAAGGUUUUACUAGAAGGCCAGUUAAAAUGGAAAGAAUUAUACGUCCAGCAGCUUUAAGACAAAAAAAGGCUAAUGUAACUCAUCCAGAAUUAGGUGUAACUGUAUUUUUACCAAUUUUAGGAGUUAAAAAGAAUCCACAAAGUCCAAUGUAUACUCAAUUGGGUGUUUUAACAAAAGGUACUAUUAUUGAAGUUAAUGUUUCAGAAUUAGGGUUGGUUACUGCUGGUGGUAAAGUUGUUUGGGGUAAAUAUGCACAAAUUACAAAUGAACCUGAUAGAGAUGGUUGUGUAAAUGCGGUAUUAUUAGUUUAA